AUGUCUGGAGUUGGCGCCAGCGGCUCCAAAGUCUUGAUCUCGAGAGCCACUCCCAUAUUGGUUAUCACCUGGUGGCGGAGCAACCCGUCCGCCAUCUUCGAUGAGCCGGUUCCUCUCGCUGGCGUCCUAGUGUUAUAUCCGAAGCCUUCUGGACUCGUUGGUUCGGUACACGCUCGGGUGUCGAAGUCGAAACACGGCUGGGUACACCAGCUCAUUGCAGAUGUCAGCUCGGAAAAGGAGUAUCCCGUUGGUGGUCUUGCCUGGUACCCGGAGCUCGUCCAAAGGGAGCGCGGCCUCCGCAUCGCGCAUGCGCGGUUGCUGCAGGCCGUGGGCAUGAUGCAUCUCCUGACCAUUCCCACGUCGCCCGCGGCCCACAUGGCUCCGCCUGACUUCAGCAGCGUGCCUACUUUACCACCGAGGCCGGCCAGCACGACAGGGCUUGCACCGCUUCCACUUGGGCAGUGA